UCAUAAAUCACCGCUUGAUGUGAAUUCUCUGAGGUAGAGCAGUCAGCUCUUUUCCUAGAGGCAGUUUCUAAUAAUUCCCGGAACACUGAGAGCGUAUCGCUCAGCAGAACGAUGGAGGAACGCAGCGGUGCCGCAAUCAGCGAAAUCCCGCAUUCACCAUUCACAUCCACACCGCGUCUGCUGCUUGCCUGACAGUGAGACCAGGCUCCAGCUCUAUGCUGUUGACUAGACAACAGCUGACAGCAUACGUUGCCUCUCAAUUAUCGUUUUACUAAUCGCUUGAAUCUCUCAAAGCUUUGAUCGCUCUAAUUCAUUUCGGAGAUUGUUUGGUUAUAAACCGAGCGUUCGCACGAUGGUUCUGCUGCAUCGCCGCCAGAGAAAAGAAGCACUGGUUUGGCUGUUGCCCGGUCUGCUUGGAGUCUGCAUGGCAUUUGGCCCAAGCAAAGCAGAGGAGGAAGAUUAUGAGGAUGUCCCCAUCAAUAAAACAUGGGUUUUAUCACCAAAAGUCUACGAGAGCGACGUCACCCUUAUCCUAAACAAAUUAUUGCAAGGUUAUGACAACAAACUGAGACCAGAUAUCGGAGUGAGACCGACUGUGAUUGAGGCGGCAGUGUACGUGAACAGCAUAGGCCCGGUAGAUCCCAUCAAUAUGGAGUACACCAUCGACAUCUUCUUUGCUCAGACGUGGUACGACAGCAGACUCAAAUUUAACAGCUCAAUGAAAGUCCUCAUGCUCAACAGCAACAUGGUGGGAAAAAUCUGGAUCCCGGACACGUUUUUCCGCAACUCACGUAAAUCUGACGCCCACUGGAUCACGACACCGAAUCGCCUUCUUCGGCUCUGGAACAAUGGAAGAGUAAUGUAUACUCUAAGGUUGACUAUUAAUGCGGAAUGCUACCUUAAGCUGCAUAACUUUCCCAUGGAUGAACAUUCGUGCCCUCUGGAGUUUUCAAGCUAUGGGUAUCCAAAGAAUGAGAUCCAGUAUAGAUGGCAGCGUCGUUCAGUUGAAGUUGCAGACCAGCGCUUCUGGAGGCUUUACCAAUUUGCCUUUGUGGGCCUACGGAACACUUCUGAUGUUGCAAACACUCAGUCUGGAGAAUACGUGGUUAUGACUAUUUUCUUUGACCUGAGCCGGAGAAUGGGCUACUUCACCAUCCAGACCUACAUCCCCUGCAGUAUGAUUGUGGUUUUGUCCUGGGUCUCUUUCUGGAUUAACAAGGAUGCUGUACCUGCCAGAACAUCUUUAGGUAUCACAACUGUGCUUACCAUGACAACCCUAAGCACCAUCUCGAGGAAGUCCCUGCCGAAGGUGUCGUACGUGACAGCCAUGGAUCUAUUUGUGUCUGUCUGCUUCAUCUUCACCUUUGCUGCUCUUAUGGAAUAUGGGACUCUACAUUAUUUCACAAGCAAUCGACCGAAAAAGAAGACCAAAUCAAGCCAUGCACAGAAACCGGUUGACAUCAGACCAGGGACAUCUCUGCUGCAGAUGAACAAUAUUGCUCCCUACCUCGACGAUGAUGAUUAUGCGUAUGAAUGUCUGGACGGGAAAGACUGCGCCAGUUUCUUCUGCUGCUUUGAUGAUUGUCGCUCCGGAGCUUGGCGUGAGAACAGAAUGCAUGUCCAUGUCUCCAAAAUUGACUCCUACUCCCGAAUAUUCUUCCCAACCGCCUUUGGCCUCUUCAAUCUUGUCUACUGGAUUGGAUAUCUGUAUCUUUAGAGAUGCUGGGCAAGUUGGAGAGGGACUCAGUUCUAGUAAUAUUUGCAAAUCAUCUGUAAAUCUCCAUCUGCUAAAGCUGGCGGCAUAAAUCUUUGAGAAAAGGGAACAUGUGAGGCUUGAGUUGGAUGUAUUAAUACUUAAUGUGUCUUUA